AUGCCACCCAUCGCGCACUCGGCCCAGCUCUUCCGAGCAGACGAGUUGGCCUCGGUCGCGGCGUCUGUUGCCAGGUUGAGCCAGGACACGAAGGUUCUGAAGCAGCUGUUCUUCCAGCGCUUCGAUGCUGCGGGCGCUUGGCAGUCGCUUUCUGCUGACGAGCUUGCCGCCGCACUUUGGGCACUGGCACAAGCAAAGAAGCACACGGCCGACAGCGUGGCGGCAUCUCCCAUUGAGUCGAGGGCGCUCGAGGCUGCUGCUUCGGUUUGCACCGCGACGGCGGGCCGGCUCACGCCAGGGCAGACCUGCACGGUGCUGGCAGCCCUGGCCCGCCUGGUCCCCGGCAGGAAAGACGCGGUUCGUUCCCUGCUGCAGCGGCUGCAACAAGGCCAGCCGAUGCAGCCGGCUUCAUUGGUCGAGGUUCUUUGUGCCGUGAUGCUGCUGGAUGUUUGGGACGAUCAUCUCUUGGAGACUGCAGGUCAGACCUUCGUUGCGGGACCACAUGCAGGUGCGCACCUGCAGCACAUUUCCACCGGGCAGGAUACGCUAUCAUUGUCAGGCGAGAACAUAGCUAUGGUGGUUGCGGCGGGGAUUACGUCCUUAGCCAAUACGCAUCUUCGAUGCUGCACCAUGAAGGCCAUGACGAACGCCGCAACCCGCCGGUCUCCGGCACUGCUUCCCGGGGUGGUGGCCCUCGUUGCCUGUUUGACAGUGGGACGCCUGGCCGCGCAGGGGCUGGGCUUCGUUCCCUCCACUCCGUCCACAUCGCUUCGAACACGAACUGCGCCACGCGUGGCUUUGGCGGCUUCCAUGCGAGACAGUGAGGGCAACAAAGUUCGGGAGCCAAAGACCUUCGAUGCCUCCGACGCCUCCAGCGUAGCAGGUUCAGUUACGGUGGAGUACAAGAAGAGGCCCUUCGGCGUGCUCGCCUACGCCCCGAGCACCAGUGGAAAGGGGGCCAUGGUCUGGAAUAUGAACGAGAACUCCCGGUAUCCUGGUGAUCCCCAAGGUCAGGCCUGGACCGGCGGCGUGAAGCAGUACAUGGCGGUGAAGUCCAUAGCCGGCCAAGAUGUCAGCACAUGGGACUUCUGGGACAUCCUCGAUCUGCUUGAUGACAAGAUCCUUGACAACUCUGCAGGCAUUUUCCAGUCCAGUGGCAGUGGUGGUAUGGGGAACAAGCCUGCUGAGCUUCCCGUUGCGGUAGAGUACGUGGAGUUCAGCUCCAUGGGAGGAGCCGCACCUGCGGCUCCGGCCGCUGGCAGCUCAGAGCAGUUCGUCGACACCCGAGACGAGCGUUUCAAGGACCUGCCAAAGGAUGCCACGAUCAAGGAGUACAAGAUCCCUCCAGCACCUCCUUCCUACACGAGCACUGUCGUGGAGGGCUUGCGAAGUGCAGUCGCUGCCAUGCCCGAUCCCGUUGGCCACGCUGGACCUCGCUACCAAGGCAAGGCGUCGCUGAAUGAAGCCAGCAUCCGCCAGAUGCUCGCUCAGUUCAAGAUGCCUAGCUGCAUCGAGACAGUCCUGACCGGACAGAUUCUGCCGAUGAAGGAUGCGUACCAGUUGGCUAUCGACGCCUACGACAUCCUCGUGAAGGAGAAGACCCUGGGACGAGUGUCGGUGCCGGUAGGGAAGAAGGUCACCGUAGUUGGCGACCUCCAUGGUCAGUUGUUCGACUUCGAUCACAUGCUGAGCCUAGCAGGAUUCCCAUCGCCAGACAACCAGUUCCUUUUCAACGGCGACUUUGUGGAUCGUGGCCCUUGGAGUGUCGAGGUGAUUUUCACCAUCCUCGCUUUCAAGGUCUGGCAACCAAACGGCGUCUACAUGAACCGCGGAAACCACGAGGCCGAGAUGGCAAACCACUUCUAUGGCUUCUUCGGCGAGUUGGAGGUGAAGUACGAGAAGCGCAUGAUCGAUCUCUUCGCAGAGAUCUUCAGGGCCACACCUUUGUGCCACGUGAUCAACGACGAGGUCUUCGUCGUUCAUGGAGGCAUUCCGGGCCCUGACCCGCGCGUGUGGUGGAAGGGCAUGGACAACCAGAUCAGCUUCGAUGGUCGUCAGAUCCAGAUCAGCCUUUCCGAAAUCGAGAACUCCAACCGCUUCAUGGAGCCAAACCCAGACGAGAAUCCGCUGAUGGUUGAUCUGCUAUGGUCCGACCCGAAGGGCAAGGAUGGUUACGGCCCAUCGGGGCGCAUGUCCUCCGGCAUUUACCUGUUCGGACCUGAUGUGUCCCGGAACUUCAUGGAGUUCAACGGCCUGAAGAUGACGCUUCGCUCCCAUGAGGUCAAGGCACAGGGGUACCGCUUUGACCACGAGGGGGCCUACCCGCUCAUCACCGUCUUCUCGGCGCCGAACUACGUUGACAAGGCUGGCAACAUGGCCUCCGUCGCUGUGCUGACCAACGACGGCGCAAAGAUGGCCGGUCCCGAGUUUGUGCAGUAUUCUGCCCAGCCACACCCGGAUGUGCCUUCCGGCGCCUAUGCCGUCGGCGGCCCCCUGCACCCCGAGAGUGCUGCUGCAAGGUAA